AUGCUUAUCAAUGAAAUACUUAACGAUCAUGAGACCCGAUGUUAUCAACUUUUCAGAUUACAAGUCCCGGUUUUCAACAUGUUAUGUAGGGAUCUUGUUGCACAUUAUGGGUUAAAGAAAUCACGUCGUAUAUCUAUUGAAGAGUCCGUUGGUAUUUUCAUGUUGUACUUAGCGCAUGGAUGUGGAAAUCGGUUAAUUCAAGAGUUCUUUAACCAUUUUGGGGAUACAAUCCAUAAAGAUAUUCAUAAAGUCUUGGAUGAUGUGGUUAACCUAAGUAAGGACAUCAUCAUACCAAAUGCUAACUACAACGAAACUAUACUAGAAUACAUUUUAAAUAACCCUCGGUAUUAUCAUACUUCAAGAUUGUAUUGGUGCCAUCGAUGGAACACACAUGAAGACCUUUGUUCCGCAACAUGGGAGGGGACUGCACAUGACACGAUAAUUUUCAAUGAAGUGCGAAGGAGACGUGAAGUUAAGUUUCCACUUCCAGCCGAUGGUAAGUUUUACCUUGUGGAUGUCGGAUCUCCUAAUACAAAAGGUUAUCUUUCUCCCUACAAAGGUUCAAACAUCCGUUAUCAUAUUCCUGAUUUUCGAUGUGGACAGACUUGUGCCUCGCGGGAACCAAAAGGCUUCAAAGAAAAAUUUAACUAUUAUCAUUCAUCACUUCGCAAUGUAAUUAAACGAACUUUUGGAGUCUGGAAGGCUCAAUGGGUGUUACUAAGAGAUAUGCAUGUAAAUUCCAACUUCGAGACGCAAGUUAAAAUUAUGCUAGCUUCAAUGGCAAUUCAUAAUUACAUUAUAAUAAGUGGUAGUGGUGAUGCAACAUUUCAAAUAGCACAAGAAGAAUCUUAUAUUCCGCGCAAUGAUGAAGGACCUGAUGAUGGUGUUGAGCCACACGACGAAGUAUCAAGUACACAACGUAGAAGUGACGAUAUGUAUAUGAUUGCAGUACGCGAUAUGAUUGCAGGACAAAUAUUCUCAAGGUCAAACACUCGUGCACGUAACGACGGUUUAGCCUCCCCUUUCUCCCUCUCAACGACCGCCACCAUUGCCGUCGCCACAACAACCACCAUAAACACCACACCUAGCGAACCAAUGGAAUUGGCUCUUACAAAUGCAACAUACCGUCACCUCCCACGCCCGCUCUCCCUUCAACAUCACCGCCGCCCCUCGUCGAAAUCCAUCGUUUUCCUGAAAACAACAUCGUUUUCAUCGUUAACACCCAUCAAAGCAUCCUUCCGUAACCCUAACUACCAAACCCCUAAACCUGAAGUGACAAAAAUCGUAAACCCUACCCCAUUAUCCUUCCUCAAAACCACCUUCAUCACUGGUGUCGCCGUCAGCGCACUUUGCUUCUCGCGUUUUACCCUCAAACCCGCAAUUGCCGUUCCUGUUUCUUCACCUCCACCUCCCGCCACCGUAGAAACCUCCGAUACCAACUCCGAAUCACUAGAAGAGGAAAAAAACCUAGAAGAACAUCUCUGCUCUCACCCUGAAGACAUCAACGCUUUGAAAUCCCUAAUGGAAUUGAAAAUUAAGAACGGAAAGGUUCAUGAAGCUAUUGGAAUUCUCAGUCAGCUGAUUAACCUGGAACCUGAAGACAGCGAAUGGCAAUUACUCAAGUAUCAUUUGCAUUCAUACAGCGGAGAUCAUGAUUCUGCGAAAUUAGGGUUUGAACAGAUUCUAGCAAAAGAUCCUUUACGCGUGGAGGCUUACCAUGGUUUAGUAAUGGCUGCUUCCGCUAAAGAAUCACCUAAUGAUCUGAAAGAUGUGGAGAAAAGAAUCAUCGAGGGAAUGGAGAAGUGUAAGAAAGAAAAGAAGAAAGAUGACUUGAGGGAUUUCAAGCUUCUGUUAGCUCAAAUUCGUGUAAUCCAAGGCGAUUAUAACGAUGCUUUAAAGAUUUAUCAGGAUUUAUCCAAAGAAGAGGCUCGAGAUUUUAGGCCCUAUUUAUGUCAAGGCAUUAUAUACACAUUGUUAGGAAAGAACGAUGAUGCUGAGAAGAGUUUUGAAAAGUACAGAAGGCUUGUUCCUAAGGGACAUCCUUAUACCAGAUAUUUUGAUGAUAAUAUGGUCGCAACAAAGGUUUUUGCACAGAAGGUGGAGAAUGAAAGAGCUUAUUCCAAGAGUUGA